AUGACCUGUUUCCCGUGGUCCUACAAGCUUCAGAAGCAGCCAAUGAUUGUGGAGACUCUUCCGACGACUCAUCCGAUCAGAGCACGUCAGCAGCAACCAGCUACCGUUCUCGGAAACAGACAGCUCACGGUGACUCAAAAAGCUCAAAAAGUGUUAAUUGCAUUUCCCCUUCAGGCGUUCGCUCUUUUCAUGGCUUCACUCGACGUCUCGAUCAGCGUCGGAUACUGGAUUUCCACGGAGAACACCGCCGUCGGCCCAUACGUGAGAGCCUUCUUUCUCUCAAAGCUUCUCGAAUAAACCGAAGGCUAAUUCAGGCGGUGCUGCAGCUCGUCCUCUUCCUUUGGCUCAUUGGGAACCUAUUCACCGGUCUUCUGAUCAUCGUCUACAUCCAUUUCUUCCAAUUCGUCAUUCUCUCCUACGCUCUCCUCCAAGAGAUAACCCAAGAAUUCACGUCAUUCAAUGCCAUGUUCCCCCGGCUCAGCCAAAUCUUCCCGCAUUCCGUCUACAUUGGCAUGCUUGGGUGCGCUCUAAUCUGUAAGUUUCCUAUUUCUUCGAUAUUUCUAAAAAGUCUCUUUUUCAGGGACCAUCGCCCGCUUCAUCGUCUCCCGCCAGGCACUCAACUACAUUUACCAAGAGAAGUGCACCGCUAAGAUCGUAGCCCUGGAAGCCGAUCAGAAGCCAAUUCUCAAGCAGGCCUAUUAA